UGACCUAAACAGAACAAGAAAGAGAAAGUAGGUGGGGCUGGGGCAGGGCAGGCAGACGUCGCACAUUCACACCACACAUCUUUGAGAAAUCAUACUUCACAACUCUUUGGGAGAGCAUACUUCAUUCAGUACAAGAUGUGAGAACAAGAAUACAAGAGGACAUGGCCACGACAAUUCAGGUGAGCACCGAUUUAUUUUCAUAAAUCAACAACUAGUCUACCGAUAGGCUACCUAUACGAAUUUACGCACGCUUCCUCAAGUUAAUCAGCCUAUCCAAAAUCUCGCAUGUUGCUUGGUUGUGUUGUUGUCCUUCCCUUUUCAGUUUGUUGCAUGACAGAUUUAUAACGUUAUACAUUACUGUAAGGAAACCCAGAAAAUAGCAAGUGGUGACGGUGAUUGGUGUUUUAUCCCUGCCAUUUUCUGCCUGACAAAAUAAAACUCACGUGGGUUGUCUGCGCAACUUCUAUGUGACAGACAGUUGGGAUUACGAGUAUGUAGCAGUUCAGUGAGAGCUUUUGGCUGUGUCUUUAUCUUACAGCCUAUUUUGAUUAAAGCUACGCUAAAUAGUACACAACUGCAGCCUUAUCGACCGAAACUAUCAAACGUAAGGAAAAUCUAUUGAUUUCAGCAGCGAGGUUUUCCCCUUCUUUCUCAUGUGAGUUGGGCGAGAGAGAGAAAAAUAUGACAGAUGACUGAUGACAGUUGUGCGCGCGGGCAAUUUCAUUGUUGUGCGGAAUCGUUUUCCCAAUUCACAUGCUCUGUUAUUUUCUGUUUUCAGAUAUGUGCCAGCUUCAUUAUAUUGUCCGUUGUUAUGACAUCAGUGGACAUGCAACGAUGUGAAGGUAAUGAGAAACCAUGGAAGGUUGUCCCAGCUGAUGUUGGAGGCAGAGUGCACCUUCACUGUGAGGUGCACGGCUUGUGCAAAUACUUGUACUGGCAAAGGGGAUUGACGGAAGGGAACGCAGAAGAAACAUUUGUUAACGGCUUUAGCACAGAGGAGGAAUUGACUAUUCCAGAUGAGUUCAAGAACCGCUCCAGGGUAAAUGAGACCACCAGAAGUCUGGACCUUUGGAAUCUGAAGCCCUCGGACUUGGCAUAUUACGCGUGCAUAUGCAUCAAACAGGGCCAAAAUGCGUCAUCCUACUGCUUAAAUGUGACAGCCAGCUUCUCGAAGCCAUCCCUGACGUCCCAGCUCCGUGACGACGGCCUGGUGGAGGUGACAUGUGGGUCCGGCGGGGGCUACCCUCUGCGUCGCAUCCGGUGGCAGGAGUCCAUUGGCCUUAACGGCUCCCGCGAUUGGGAGGCGACCAACCAGUCAGAGUGGCAGGACCCUGUCAGCGAGCUGUGGGAUGUGGAUAGCACGAUCGUCAUGAACUGCACACAGCCUCUCAAGGUCUCCUGCUCAGUGGGGAACACCACGUCGGACUAUCUCGAGAUCUGUAGACCGUCACUCUUGUUACUGUUGCCCUUUCCUCCUCAUGUGCUCAUUGCCAUUGGAGUGGUGGCGUUGUUGGUGCUUGGGAUCGUAGUCUUCGGUGUUGUAAAACUCCUCAAGAGGUGUCGCCGCCCUAGCAGAAGACAAGCUGAUGGGGAAGCGGACGAGUCAAGCGGGGAGUCGUUGCGGACCACUCCAGAGCUUCCAAGUUCAGAAGAGGAGAUGAGCUUGAAUCCUCUGACUCCCCAGAGAUAAUAACUUUGAAGCAUUUGUUGCGUGGCCCAGAAGACAUUGGCUCACGAUUCCCAAGACCUCAGGUCUUGUACAUACACCGACAGACAUAGGCUACAGUGUAUACGACAUGUCUAUGCAUAUGCCCCGGGCUCUAAAUUAACACCAGCCAACCGGACAAAUGCUGGUGAAUUUUCAGUUUGGCUGGUAGAAAACACAAACUUACUAGCUACUUUGACCCAUUAGUGAGUGUAUGUGUGGCUAGUGAAAUAGCAUCUACUAGCCAUUUUGGCUGGUGAUGAAAAUAGUUAAUUUAGAGACCUGCAUAUGCUACAUGAAGAUGGAAACACUUCCCCCUGGUGGUGAGAAAUAGGCUUGUUUUCUGUGGACCCUUCUCAGUGCACCAGAGGCGAGCACAGACAUUUUGUGGGUAUAGGUGCUGAAAGGGGGGUAGCAGGGGGCAUGUGGAACUUCCGGCUGCCUUACUAGGCUAUAGAGGCUAUUAUAUUAUAUCGGGGCAUUAUUGUCACAUGCUUUUGUUCGUAAAGCAUUUGUAGAUUAUUAUGUCAUCAUGGACCACAGUAUAUUGUGACAAAAAAACUGUCAAAAAACUUUCAAAAAGGGCAUUUUUUUGUCCAGCACUGCAAAGGAAGAGGUAUUUGUGCCGCACCUUUGCAGUGCACUGAGUCCAUGCAUGGAUGCACUCCUUGGCCUUUGCCCUGCCCUCCCUGAGAGGUGGGGUGGAGUAUGAAGGUCUCUAUGCCCCCAUGCACAAGGUCCGCACUUUGGCAGAAGACGUUUGCCCUGGCUGCUGUAUGGUUAUGAAAGAGGAUGCACUGAGUGGACAAUACUGUGAAACUGAGUCUGAAAAAUGUCUCUUUUAAGUUAACUUUUUAAAAAAUGCUGUGUGUUCAUCAUGAAUUUUCAUGUUGUCAUUAAAUUAUCUCACAUGUGCCUUGUUACAUAAGUAAUAUUUUGAUACAAAAAGUAAUAUAUAAAAUGUGGACUCAGUGAGUCGUGCAAAAAGGCAUAAAGUGUAAAGCAUGGCUUAUUACCUGUACUUUUAUCCUGUGUAUUUAUUCAGGAGUCUAAGAAAGUUCUCAGUGGACAUGUGUUGAUCCUAGUUGGUUCUAUCUUUAUAUUUUUCUGCUUUAUAUUUUUGUAUCCAGAAAUAAUGUUUUAUUUACAAUAAAUUAUUGUAUACUGUGACUUUUAUUGAAUGUGUACAGUGUAUAAUGUGUAUCUAUGCAU